AAGCCAAGUGACCGUACAAGUGGGUCUCGAUAUUCUCUCUCCUCUCUCUUCCUUUUUUUUUUUUUUAAUGAGAAGAAAGAAGCAGCAGGUCGUUUCCAUUCCAAUGGCAGUUGUGAAGCAUUUACUGUAUGCUCUCUCUUUCUCUCUCUAGAUUACUCAAAAAAUUCUGUUCUAUCAGAUUGCAUUUCACUCGAAUCUGACUACAAAUUCAAUCUGGUGUUUGUUUCUCGGUAUUCUGAAUGCACUGUAUUUGCAUUCAAACUGAGGAUUUUCGUUUGAGACUGGGAGUUCUACUUUUUUUUUAGCUUGAUUGAUUCUGGUUCUUGAAACUUAAAAAGAUUUCAGUCUCUGUCAGCAAAGCCAUUCGAUUGUGAGGUGAAUCGCGUUAUUAGGACUGGAGAUUCUAUAGAAAGGUAUCUGAAUUGAGAUUCGUGGAAUUUAGUUCUGUACUGGAAGUUGAAGUUUGAUCUGCUACCAAGUUGGCUGUUGUUGGGGAUAUUGUUAUUUUCAUUGUUUGAUUGUAAUGAGGAGCAAGGGAGAAACAAUUAGUCACUAUGUAGAAUUCCAUAGUUUGGUUCCAGAGUACCAGUAGCUGAUUUAGUCCGAUUGCUAUCUUCAUUGGGGUCACUGAUUAGUUGGUUGUUGAGACGAGCAAAAUGCUGGAGACUCAACUUUGUCCUGCUCGGGUGUUAUCACCUUUCCGCGAAGAGAGUGGUGAUGAGGAACUGUCUGUACUUCCUAGGCAUACCAAAGUUAUUGUGACGGGAAACAACAGAACCAAGAGUGUUUUGCUGGGGCUUCAGGGAGUUGUCAAGAAGGCUGUUGGGCUUGGUGGUUGGCAUUGGCUGGUCCUGAAAAAUGGGGUUGAAGUCAAGCUACAAAGAAAUGCGUUGAGUGUGCUAGAACCUCCCACGGGGGAUGAAGAAGACGAUGAUUAUGACUUUGAUGACUCAAGCAGUGGUUCAGACCUUGGUGAAAAAGAAAAUCAUCACUUUGCUACUGGUGUCGUAUACCGAAAAGUGAGCAAGCCUAGAGUUCGUUAUACAAGGCCAUGGGCCUUAUCUGGACCACCAAAGACGAUGAACCAUGGCAAUUGCAGAGAAGUUGAACCUAACUAUUUGCAACCGAGGUUGAACUUGGCAAAACUAGGAACUGGUUCAUUAUGGAGGUACUGGCGAAACUUCAACCUUGCACAUAUUAGCCCUAACCCAACGAAGGAACAACUACUUAGCGCAGUGCAGCAGCACUUCUCAUCACAGCGAGUGAACGAGGUACAAGUGGUGGUGGAAUUCAUCCGUGCAGCCAAGAGAUUAAGAUCAACUGACACACAUUGAGAUUUGUUGAUGAUGAUAGGGAGGGAAAUUUGUGAAGAAGGUUGGAUUAUUAUCUGUAAUAUAAUGCAUGCAUAUAUAGAGUAAAUAUUUAUGAACCUCUAACUUUAGUUCAGCUAAUUAUAGACUCUACUAAUGGAGAGUGGUGGGAGUUUCUUUGUUAGCUUAUCUCCCCCAAAUUUUCUCCCGGAUCCCUAACCUUGUAUUAUUCGGAUGCGACCCGACCCGAUCCGAUCCGGUUGACAUUUAUAACCUUCAUUUCAAAACAUAAUUAUUGUUUUUAUUAUUAUAAAUGAUUAAAUAUGUGGAUAUGGAAA